AUGCCGCGCCCUGCUCCUAAGCGGAAUCGAUCCACCAAGGCUCCCAAGCCUGCAGCAGAAAUACGCGAUGAGGUUUCCCACCCCAAAUCGCCAGAACGAAAGUCUACAUUAGACCCUCGACAAACUCUCCGCAGUCAAACACCCUUAGCUACCAGCUAUGAACAAGCCAUUGAAUCAUCGCCAACUGGCGACCGGCCUGGUACAGGCAGCCGUCCUGGCACGGGCAGCCGGCCUCCGACAAGAUCUCGUGGCUACUCUUCGACGUUAUCCUUUGCGGGUCGAAAAGGUGAUGCGAACUCGCGUGUUCCAGGUACCCCCGGGUUCGAAAGCUCAGUCUUGAGCAAUUUUCGUCGACGUCCCCGCCAACAGAGCAUUUUGCAGAUGAUGCAAGCGGAAGAUGGCUCAUCAGAACUUGAUGACGAAGACUUCCUGGGAGGGUUAAGCCCCCAGGAUGAGUCUACACCUUUGAAUCUGCCACGAGGAAAAUCACUACUGUUGAACCCGGAAGAACAAUCUUCAUCAUCAUCUGAGUCCGGGUCGCUACCAUCAUCUGGCGAAUCCCGCAAGCGCAAGCGCGAGGAAAUACAAGUACCCCAAUCAUCCGUGGAGGAGGCCCCAGGGUUUGUCCAGGAUUCACCCAGCGUUACACCAGUCCCUCGCAGGCGCUCAUCCCAUGGAUCGGAAGAGACACCACAACCUAUACCAUUCCCUGAACUGUUUAGUCAAACCAUGGCACUGCCCGCUAGUAGCAGUCCACCUCCACCGGAGAGUACUCAAGGCUCUAUUGCAGCGCCGCGCUCGCCAGCCGCUAUUCGCCAGAUCUCUGAGAAGAAGAGGUCUAAAGACACGGCCCAGCUGGCCACAGCAGCACUUCGGGAAAGGCUGCUUCCCCGUCGACGCCAACCUCGCCGUAAACGCCGAACGGCGGGCGACGGUGACCCCCUCACUGACGAAAGCGAUGAUGGAAUGCAUGCGGCGGCCUCCAGCGACGAGGAUGAACUGAGCUGUUUGCCGUCAAAAAGAACGCAACGUGCCUCGUCGAAUAAACCUAGACCCCUCCGCAGCGAUCGAGCUCAAUCCAAUCAAAGACCAAAGAAGUCCAAGGCCAAAUCAGCCCCGGCUCCCAAGCCGUCUGAGUCACAGAAGCCAGCCAGGGGAGAUAUGGAUAAGGAAAAUGAACUACUCCUCUCCUCACCAUCAUCAUCACCGUUAUCCUCCCCACCAGACUCGGACGCAAGUGAUUCCGAGGCCGAGACAGUGUCUGGUCGACGCUACAUGAGUGCCGAGUUGCGUGCUGCCGCCAUGAAGUUUGCAGAGGUGGAUAAAUGGCAAAUGGAGUUUGAGGAAAUAUCUGCGUCCGAGACACAUAGUCCAGGUCGAUAA